AUGGCAUCUUCUGAUAGUGGAGUGUCCAACACGAUCUACCCUAUGGCCAUUACCUCGGAUGACAAGAUAGCCACGGACCCGGAGGUUCAUACCUCAGACACCACGAGCACCGAUGAGGAUGACUUUCAGACUUUUGCCCUACCGGACCUCGGAGACGACUUGCCCUUAGCUGAUGGUCCACAGGGAGAGGAUCUACCCCUUGUCCUGAUCCCUGCCCCUCUCCCAUUUGCUGCAGUUCCCUUUGAGGAACAGCCUCUCGACACGUUACCUGAUGGCGACAUCGAUCUACUUAUCGAGGGUCCCCCGGAGGGUGACCAGGAUGGUGGGGCCCCGAUGGAGGAUGAUGUUCCACUUGCUGAUGUCCCAGUUGUCGACCCUGUUGUUCCUAUGGUUGAGAUUCCUGGCGCUGAUGACCUUGUUGUGCCACCUUUCGAGGCUCCUGUUGUGGAGGCCUUACCUGAUCCAUCCAUUUCCUACCCGCUGAAGCCUGAGGUCGAAUUUAUACCUGUUGAGCCUGCUCCAGCUGAUCUAGAGCUUGGAGUUGUACCAGAGCCUGUUUUCGCUCCCGACCCUAUUCUUGUUGAUGCACCAGUCGUCGCACCACCCGUCACUGAUGCACCCGUUGUUGCACCACCAGCUGCUGAGGUCCAAGUUGUUGCACCUAUACCUGACCCUAUGCCAAUGUUUAAUGACCUUGCACCUUUCGCUACACAUAUUGAUCCGAGAUAUGCCGACACCCGUAACGGGUGGAUUGAGGAUGAUGACUAUCCUCCGUUUAUUCUACCCGUCACUCCACCUGCUGCACCUAUUUCUGCACCAGUUGAUAUUCCACUGAUCCACCCACACGUAUUUGACACUCACCGCACCGACUUACCCACUACAUUUCUUCACGACAUACCUCCUCCUCGUCCAGGGGAAGGACCUUCUACUGGCCCGCAUGGUCACAUGCCACCCUUGACCGCAGCUUUUCCAUAUAUACCCCCUUUUGCACCGACUACACACACAGCUUUUACUUCUACAGCACCGACGGGCGAGCCAUUCAUGUGGUCUUCGCCCAAUGUUAUGCCUUUAUCAGACCCAUACCAACCUUUCCAUGUGGGAUAUACCACGGAUGAUAUACUCAUAUCCUUGCAGUUACAGCAGGAUGCGUUAAGCCGACGAGUCCAGGAGCUGGAGAGGAUUCUAUAUCCCCCACCUUGUCGUUGCCAGUCGCCUUUUGCGACACCACCGACUCCUCUCGGACUGCACCCCGAUUCCGAUGUCCAUUUCCUCACCAGGGACCAGCAGAUUGCUUAUCUACUGCGUGUUGUCCACGCUCUCGAGGAGGAUUUGGCACAUUUGCGCAGAUUAGUUCUCACUCCUCCACCUCCUCCUCCCCCACCAUCAGCUUAG